AUGGCCAACUGCUCGCUCGAAACAUACGACUACAUCAUAGCUGGUGCUGGAACCAGCGGCCUCGUCAUCGCCAACCACCUAUCCACUGAUCCCUCCACCAUAGUAGCCAUCAUCGAGACCGGCGAAAACGUCCGCAACAACCCCAACGUGACCUCCCCCCUGGAUUAUCUGGCAGCCUUCAAUACCUCCAUCGACUGGCAGUACGACAUUCCCGCGCAGCCCGGCGCCGGUGGGAGGGAGAUGAUGUACCACGCCGGCAAGGCCAUUGGCGGGACUAGUACUAUCAAUGGUAUGACGUACAUCCGCGGGGAUAAGCCGGAGAUCGAUGUAUGGGAGGCGCUGGGGAGUGAGGGGUGGAAUUGGGAGAAUUUGUGGCCUUAUUACAAGAAGGUCGAAGACUUGACUCCGCCGACGGAGGAGCAAGUCGCGGUGGGGGCGUCGUAUGUGUCGGAGUUCCAUGGCCGGGAUGGGUUGUUGAAGACGGGAUUUCCGUAUGAGUUGAUGAACGGGUCAUUUCAUGAGACGGCGCGGCAGAGCUGGGAGAGUUUGGGGUAUCCGCUGAAUCCGGACAUGAAUGGGGGUGAUGUACGUGGGUUUAGCGUCUGGCCGAUGACGGUAGAUCGGGAUGCGGAUGUGAGGGAGGAUGCGGCGAGGGCGUUUUAUUAUCCAUUUGAAGAACGGCCGAACUUGAAAAUCAUUAAGGGGGCGGUGAAGAGGGUCAUUUGGAAAGAAUCGACCAAGAAAUGCCGCGAUGUUGUGGCCCAGGGGGUCGAAUAUCUGACUCAGGAUGGAGAAGUUGUGUCGGCUGUAGCUAAAAGGGAGGUCAUCUUAUCUGCCGGUGCAGUACGGACACCUCUCAUCCUUGAACUCUCCGGAGUAGGAUCGCAAAGGCUUCUCGCCAAAUACGGCAUCGAAACCGUCAUCGACCUCCCAGGCGUCGGUGAAAACUUACAAGACCAACCCCUAGCGUUCCUGAGCUACAGCGGCGACACCGGUAGUACAUCCGGCAUCGCCCCCUUCGCGACCUUCAUCAACGGGUACGACAUGUUUGGCAACGAAACAGCCGCCAUCGCCAAGUCCACCAAAGCGAGCCUAGCUUCCUGGGCAGCUGAGGUAUUCGCCGCCAACGACGGCAUCAUCAGCGCGGAGGCACUGGAGAAAGUAUUCAACAUCCAACACGACCUGAUUUUCAACAAGAACGUGACAAUUGGCGAGAUCCUCACGACCCUUUCGGCGGGACACUAUGUUGGGGUCUUCUGGCCGUUACUCCCAUUUUCAAGAGGUAGCGUGCAUCUGAAGUCUACCGAUGCGAUUGACGAUCCCGUCAUCGAUCCCAACUACCUUCUUCUCGACUUUGACCUCGCCAUGGCGACGGGCACGGGAAGGGUCGCGCAGAGUCUGUUUAACCAGGAGCCCAUCAGCGAGCGCAUCACUGGCAAUGUGCUCCCAGGAGAGGAAGCCUUACCCCGGAACGCGACCGACUCGCAAUGGAAAGACUUUCUCGUCGGCCAGAUUUCACCAAACCACCACGCACUGGGCACAGCCUCUAUGAUGUUGCGAGAGCUAGGAGGAGUUGUCGAUUCGAAGCUGAAAGUAUACGGUACCAAGAAUGUUCGAGUUGUCGACGCAUCAGUUAUCCCAUUGCAGAUAAGUGGGCAUUUGACCUCCACACUGUAUGCAGUAGCCGAGAGGGCAUCGGAAAUAAUCAUGGGCUCUUCGUAG